GCAAACCCUAUCAGCAUAGUUUAUGAUCACAAUCCAAUUCAAUAAUUACAAAAAAAGUUUUUAUUUAAUUUAAUGUGGCCUUGUGUUUUGUACAAUUGUAGUUUGACUGUUUAACCUAGGUAGUUUUAUAUAUUAUAUAAUAUUUCAAUUAUCACGGAAAAGUAAACAUAAUGUAGUAUGGUCACUUUGCCGUUGAGCAUUGAUAUCGCUUAUCGCUUUACCGCUUACUGCUCUGAAGUAUAUCCCCAGCCUAAGUCUACCCUCUGAACUCUAUAUCAUAUAUCUCACCAUAAAGAUUUAUAUUUAUCACAACUUCUUAUCAUAUAUUGAGAUUUUUCUUUAUUUUCAUAAUCAAUGGUAAUAAGUAUUUUUUGGCAAAAUUUUAAAAUUAUAUAUAACUGACCGAAAUCAAAAUUGUGACAAUUAUUUUCGCUCCUCCAAUCUUCAUACUUCUUACCUAAUUAUUAUAAUCAUGCGUAAAUUCAAUGUUCUCGUUAAUGUUUUAUCAAAUCGUUAUUUUUGUUCAAAUAAAUCAAAUGUACUUGUCUACAAUUGGAAAAAUAAAAUCAAAGAACCAUUAAAUUAUAACAAAAUAUUGACAUGGUAUAUCUGUGGUCCCACAGUAUAUGACUCUAUGCACAUAGGGCAUGCGAGGUUGGUUUUUAUUUUGAUACAUUUUAUAUGCUUAUCAAUAUAUAAUGAGAAAAAAAAAUUGUUUUAGUUGUUUUAUAAAAUUUGAUAUAAUUAGAAGAAUUUUGGAAAAUUAUUUCCAUGUACCUGUAUUUCAAGUAAUGAAUAUUACAGAUUUGGAUGAUAAAAUUAUUUCAAAAGCACAUGCCUACAAUAAGAAUCCAUCUCAGAUAGCAAAGUUGGAACCAUUAAUUUUUUUUUUUAUAAAUGUUUGAUAUUUCGUUACCUAAUUUUAAGAUUCUGAAUGUUUUUAGGAAGUAUGAAAUUGAAUUUGUUGAAGAUCUAAAAUUGUUAAAUAUUAAACAACCAGAUAUUAUGGCUAGAGUAACAGAUUUUAUUCCUCAAAUUUUAAACUUUAUUCAAGACCUUCAAGAAAAAGAUUUAGUAUAUUCUUCUGAUGGUAAGGUUUUAAUAUGUGUCUAUUUGUUACGGUUAAUGUUGUUAUAAUUGGUGUUACAUUACACAGCAUUAUACAACACCAUUACCUAACCUAUUUUGUGCUAUUAAUUUUAAUAUUAGAGUGUAUUGGCUGAUUAACUAACUUAAGUAUGGGGUAAGCAUGUUGUUUGUGUUUAAACAUAAGUUUUUUCUGGAUAUUUUAAUUUUUAAAUUGUAGUAUUUCACAUGCUUGUAACUCACUUGAAAAUUAAAACACCGAGAAAAAACCAACGUAAAAAAAAGACAAUGUUUUUACCAUUAAGUUUGAUAAUAGGCUCAUACAUUCUAGUAUUAAAAGUAACAAUACAAAAUCAGUUUUUAUGUCCAAAAAUUAUAAAUAUAACGACAUUAACUGAUUUUACAACAUUAACCAUAACAUAUAUAUGAUAUGGCUGAUGUUAAAUUUUCAUUCUAUGAAAUUAAUUUUGUGCUGUUUUUUUUAAUGUUAGAGUAAAUUGGCCUAGUACUAAACUUAUAGAUAAGAAUAUUGUCUGUGUACAUUUGUUUUUUCUACAUUUUAAUUUUUAAUCCGUGUACCUAUGUGAAUUAUUAUUUAAUUUUAAAAAUUAUUGUAUCUCGUUAAAAAUGUAAAUACCGAAAAAUCAAUGCACAAAUUGGGUUGCCAACCUGUCGUUAUGAAUCUCUCACUGGUUUAUUAAAAAGACCUUUAUUUCAAGCUGAUCAAGAGUUUUGACAAGCGAUUGAUAUAAAUAUAUCAUCUUCGGCAUCAUUAAAAAUAUCAAUGCAUUAAUUGAACUUGUUUUCAACUAUAAGAAUAGUUUGUGGACGGUUAAGAGGAUUUGUUUGGGAGUUGAUUUGGUUAGAACUGAAUUAGUUUUAAGAAAUAACUUAUCAUAUACAUGUACAGAGUUCUUUGACACAAUUAAAAAUAAAAAAUGUAAUAAAUGCUAUAUAAAAUACCUCAAAACAUAUCUUAAUAUAACCCUUAACUUAAUAUUUAAUUUUUAAUUAUUUAAAUACUGAAAUAAAAUUUCAUACAAAAUGAUGACUUUUAUUUUUAGACAAGGAGCUGAUAUUUUGUAAAUGAAAAGUUGGUAACCCCAUGUGCAAACACAGAUAAUAUUCUUUUCUUUAAGUUUAAUAAAAGGCCAAUCAAUUCUCAUAUUAAAACUAAUAGCACAUUUUCAAGGUUAGCUGUAACAUAUAUACAUAUAUAUAGUUAAUUUAGUUAAAAUUGAUGCAAGAUAGUAGGUAUAAUUGGUAUAUAAAUAAGUUAUGUUGAAAAUGUAAAAAGGUUCAUUGUUCUUUGAUACGACAAAAUACAAAAGAUAUGGAAAGUUAUUCAAAGUGCCUAAAGUUGUAAAACAUUCAUUUAAAAGAAGUAAUUUAGAUUUUGCUUUGUGGAAAGCAGCAAAGGCAGGAGAACCUUCAUGGAAUUCAUCAUGGGGCCCUGGAAGACCAGGAUGGCAUAUUGAAUGUUCUGCUAUUGCUAGGUACUACUAAUUUUUUUUUGCAUACUAUUUGAAUCUCACAUACUUAGAUUUUAAAUUGAUUUAGACAUUUUAAGUUUUAUUUAUUCUUAUAGUUAUUAUUUUGGAUCCAGUGUUGAUAUUCAUUCAGGAGGAAUAGAUUUACUUUUUCCGCAUCAUGAAAAUGAAGAAGCACAAUGCUGUGCAUAUCAUAAAGUUGAUGAUUGGGUCAAAUAUUGGAUUUAUACUGGUUUCGUCAUUCACCUUAUUUUGAAUUUAUAAUUAUUAAUAAAAUAAUAUAAGUUAAAUAACUUUAUUAUUCAGGUCAUUUGCAUAUAGGAGAUAGUAUUAAAAUGUCAAAAUCAUUAAAGAAUACUAUUAGUGUUAAAGACUUACUUAAAUUAUAUACUGCCAAUCAAUUUCGAACUUUAUGUUUAUUAUCAAACUUCAAAAACGGUAAAUAUUAAAUGAUAUAGUAUACAUAAUUCUUUUAUAAGUGCAAUAAAUCAAAUAUAUUGGGUAAAACUAACUUAAUAUGAAUAUGUUAGUUUAGUUGUGGUUUUUAUUUUAUAAAUCUCAUAAUUUUCUAAAGUAAAAUUUAUUUAGAAUUUAAUUUGAAAACAAUUUUCUUGAGGUGAUUAGAUACGGACUGAUUUUUUUGAAUAAAUAUACUAUCAUUGUGCAAUCAGUUAAUAAGUUAAUCAAGCGAUAAGAAUUCUAAACAUAGAUUUGAAUUUAGCAUCAAGUCUAAAACAAACAGGUGACUAAAAUUUUGAAUUUUAAGUCAUAAAUUUUUUUUUUAAAUUUUGUGUAAAGCAAAAACAUUUUAUUACAAAUUUUAUUAAAUUUUUUGGUAGUAAUAUAAUUGUAUUAUAACAAUAAUAAUAAUAAUAAUAAUAAUUCUAUAUUUAUAGAAAUAUAAAUGACAGUAGUAUAUACCUAUAAUAUGUAAUAAUAAGUAAUUUUGUAUUAAUAAUAAGUUUAUUUAAAGAAAAGAACAAAAAAAAAAUAACAUAUAAUUUUUAAAUAUUUAUGUAAACUUAAAUAUGUAAUAAUAUGUGAUAUGAACAGUAUAAUUAAUUAAGAGAACAAUAGGGUGAUAACCAUAGGUAAUAGAAAGAGAGAGAGUAAUAUGAAUAAAAAAAUUAAAAAAAUAGUUACCUAAUUAGAUCAAAUAUUUGGCCAAUUGAAUAAUGCAGUAUUAAAUAAAUCUAAAUAGUUAGUGGAAAUUUGCAAAAGUAUAUAAUGUAUAAUUUGGAGAAGUAGAGGAAAGAUAAAAAAUUUUUUUUUGGAAUUAGAUUGGUUUACUCUAAAAUUUUAAACGCUCAAGAAUUUCAGGACAAUUUAUAAUAUUAUGUAAAAAUUCAUACAAAAGUGUACAAUUUAAGAUAUUAAAUAUUAUUUUAAAGAGGUCUCAAGUAGUAUUGUACCCAGAAUGUGGAAUAUAUAUGAUAAGUAUCUUAGAAAAUAGUUGUUCUGAGUAGUAGAUAGACUAUGAUUUUAGGUUAUAUUGUUAGUACGCCAAAUUAAAAAAAACAUUGUCCAAGUGAGACUGAACUACUGUUCAGUUUAUUAUUAUAGUGUUUGGUUAUUUAUCUGUUUGCAAAUUUCUAUAAUAUAGAUUAAUUGGAGGAAAAUUUUUCUCUAGUGACAGAGCUCUGCUGCUCACAGAUGUUUUUUUCUGUCUGUGAAAAAUUGUUUUCAACCAGAAAUCUUGUUUCAAAACAACAACAAAAAGUUUUUAUAUCAAAUUUUAGUUAGUGCAUUCAUUUUUUUGAUUUUACUUGCAAUUUUAUAAAUAAUAUGGAAUAACAAGACAAUUUUUCCAAUAAUUCGCGGAUUCUAUUAUUUUCGAUUUAAUUUUUUUAUUGUACAUAAUUCAGUUCAAAAAGUUUAGACUUAUACUAAGUCUUUUAGACUUCGUAAUUUUAUUGAAUUUUUGAGCUAUUUUAAAUUUUUAAGAUUUUAUUUGGUUAUGUGUAGAUAAAAAUGUAAAAAAUUGUUGGCCUUUUAAUUUAGCCUCAUAAGAUGUACUUAUUGGAAAAUAAAAAUGAGCAUAAUGUAUGUAUAGGUAGAACAUUGUUUAUUGAACUUUCUGCAGAAUAAUUUUUUUGUUAAUAAUGGUUAUCGUUGCAAUCAGUAUAUAUAAACUAAGUUACCCUAUGUAUCCUACCUUCUGAACUAACUACCCACCUAACAAUGGUUCUCCCAUGGUGUGAAAUAUGUCAGCCUCUUUUAUUUUAUUAUUUAACUGGAAAAUAUCAAUACUCUAUUCUGGAAUAAAAAUUAACCUAAAAUGCUCAAUCCAUUACUGAAAAAGUAAAAACCAAAAUAAAAUCUACUCAGUAGUUUUUAUGUGAUGUGUGCAAAUAGUCAAAAUACUUUGUAUUACAAUCGUGACUAUUGAAAAAAAUAAAAAAAAAAACAGUAAAUUGUUAAUAAAUAAAUUCUAUACCAACAAAUAGAAUAGAAAUUAAUUAGAAUUAGUUUGUAUGGUGCAAUUAUUGAAAAAAUAGAUUAAUUAUUAACACUCAAAAGAUUGGCUGGAGAGUAUACGUUUACAAAAUAACAGACACAUUUAUAAUCAUUUACUUCUUAGACAAAGGCACUGUUUAACUCAAACAAAACAAAAAAUGGCUUAUACAUGAUUCAGUCAGUAUCCAAUCUCCUUAAUUAACAAUAGCAAUCUAAAAUUAAUGUGAUUAGUUUAUUCACUACUAUACACAUAUUAUAGUACAUACUGCAUGUCCCAAUGAUAUUAUUUGUACAAUAUGUUGAUUGAAAUUAUUUUUAGAUUUGGAAUUUAGUGAUAAUACAAUGAAUGUAGCAUGUGGUGUAUUAAACAAAUUUGAUUCAUUCAUUAUGAAUUGUUAUACUUAUUUAAAUACAUUCAACAGUAAUUAUAUUCCUGAUAGCAAUUUACUAGAAGUAAGAAAAUAUUGUACUAUAACAAAAUAUAUAAUUUUCUUUUUAUUAUUUAAGUUUAAUUUAUAUUUCAGAAAAUUGAUGAUAUUGAAAAUAAUAUAAGAAAUAGUUUAAUGGAUAAUUUCAAUACAUCAAAAGUUGUAAAUUUACUUAUUGAAUUAAUUAAUGUAUUUAACAAAUUACUUACUACGGUAAUAUUUGAUUCACUACAUUAUUCUAAUUUUUAAAACAAGUAUAAAAAAAGUUUUUAAUUUAGGAAUGCAGUUUUAAUUGUUCAAAACUGGAAGUGAUUCGUGCUUUAAAUUUAGUAUCUAAGACUAUGGAUUCUUUUGGAAUUGAUUUAAAUAGCUCCCAGGUGAUAUUAAAUAACAUUAAUACUAUUUAUUUUACAAAAAUUUAUUAAAAUAUUGUCAAUAACAACAUUUAUAGGUCAAGUCUGAUGCUGAAAAUAAUUUUAUUGUUGACAUCACUGUUAAUUUUAGAGAAAAACUUAGAAAAUUGGCAUUACAAUCCGAUUCUGAAAUAAGUAAAAAAGAUAUACUUCAACUUUGUGAUAUUUUAAGGGCUGAUCUUUCUAUAGCUAACAUUAUUGUACAAGUAAAUUAACAAAAAAAAAAUAUAUAUAUAUAUAUAUAUUAUAAUAUUCUUUUGUUAAUGCCUUAGGAUAUCAAUAAAUCAUCAUCAUGGAGGUAUGAUGGUGUUACAAAGUUAAAAGCCAAAGAAAGUCCACAUCAAGAUUAAUUAAUUCACCAUUUGUUAAGUAUGUUUUAUUUUAGUUAUUGCCAUAGUAAUAAAUAAUUUCAUUAGUAUUUAAAUAGAAUAUAUAAGUAAAAACACAGCAGUAAAUCCCUAUCACUAUAUUAAAACUUUCUCCCAGCUGACUUAUUACCAUUGCAAUAUUUAAAUUGUUUUUAUUUAUAAUUUAUCUAAAAUGAAUUAAGGUUUCUAGAGUUUAAUUACAUAUAAUAGAUAUUUUUUAUCUAUUUUUUUUUUUUUUUUUUUUUUUUUUUUUUUUUUUUUUUUUUUAUAGUUUUUUGAUAUUGAUGUCGGAUGUGGUAUGAAAUGGUAACAGUUGAAUUAUCGUAAAAUAUGAGUAUUGACAGGUUAAAAUAUUGAUUGUUUAUACAAAAGAACAAAUAUCAACUGUCAAAAUAACAUGUAUUAAAUGCCGGUACUUGUCGUAAUUUAAUAAUGUAAACCAAUAUAGCAAUAUUAUUAUCUCGCUUUAUACAAUACAAUAAACGAUUCAGAUAAAAUUUGAUAAAAAUCUGAUCGGGUUUUCUAUCCUUUAAUGGGGAGCCAGAUAAAAUGAUUGAAACUGAAAACAUAUGACAGUAUACAGUUAAUCAUAAUACAUAUUGGUGUUUAAUACUAUGUUUAAACUUAAAAUUAAUUAAGGUAAUCAAUUAAUCUCUCACUCGCUGUAUGAGGCAGACCAAUCUUAAGACCACCUUCUCCUACUCCAAUUGAUUAGAAAUUUGUUCUCAUCAUAUAUGUUAUAUAUUUACAAAGUUAUUAAAAUACCAGGAAAUGUACUAUUUAUUUUUAUAUAUACUUUAAUUGGACUUUCACUCAUAAAAAAAAAUAGUGUUCUCUCAGAAUUAUGUGGUAUGUGUUUAAAGAUCGGAACACUUUUAUUGAUAUGUAUUGUGUUUACACAUAGAGAAAAAAAAGUAUGUCCCAGGCUAAUAAAGACGAAUGCAGCCACUGUUAUAGGUAAUUUAAUAUAUAUCUUUAAGCAACAAUAAACCAUUGCUAACGAAAAAUGAUUCUAAGUGCAGUUCAGUUGAUAGUGAUGCUUUGUCAAAAGUAUAUAUGUCAUAUUAUCACAAAAUAAAUAUAUAGGCAAUAUUUAUUUUCGUUAAUAUUAUUUGUUCAAUAUUGUACCAAUUUUUCCAGUUGUCCCAUGUUUUUUUUCCAGUUUUUCACAUUUGCUUGGAAAAAUCGAAAAAUGACCUAAAAAUAUUACCCCAGUCAGAUUUCUUUUUAGAAUAAGUGUUAUUAUUGUAAAUUGGAGCAAAAUUGCUAGUAGAAAAGAUGUUAACAGCAAAAAAAAAUAAAUAAACAACAUUGUAAAACCAAUACAUUCCUUGCUCCACUUAGAUUUUAAAAAAUUGAAAAAUUAGAUUUGUUCCGCAUCAUUUUUUACUCAAACGAUUUUCGUCAAUAUUUGAAAUUACAAAAAUUACUAUAUUAAACUAAUUUUUUUUUGUACCACAAAAUAAGACUAGUCUUAAUGAACUUCCUGUUAUAUUUUCAAGCAUUUCUGUCUAGUCUAAUAAUUUUACCAUGUCUAGAAAAUGCAAAUAUAAGUUUUCUAUGAAUAUCUUUAACUGAAUUACAUCAAAUAACAAAAUUGAAGAAUAAUAAAAGCAUUGCUUUCAUAAAUUUCCUGUUUUUCUUAUGUUUUAUCCUGGUUUUUCCCAGUUAUUAUGAAAACAGCAUGGAAAAUCAAAAAAUGACCUCCCAAUAGUACCAUCUAGACAACAUUCCCUUUCAGAAAUGGUUCCACACAUAUAUAUUGGAGCAAGAUUUCAGGUAGAAUUUUUGUACACGGUAUAAAAAAAUAAUAAACAUCUUAGUAAAACCAAUAUAUUUUUCACUACACUCAAUAUCUAAAAGUAAUUUUGACUUAUAUAUUAUAAUUUAUCUGACUGUUUGCCAUAUCAAUGCACUUCUCAAUAAACUAAAUCUAGAAAAUUCAAAUUUUGGAUUUAAUUAUUUUCUAAAUAGCAUAAAGAAGUUUUGCAAGGCUUUCCUACAUGUGGUAUAUAUAUAAGGUAUCAUUAAAAUAUUUUUUAAAUAAAUAACUGAAACAUAAACAUGUAGUUAAUUACAGUAAUGAUAAAAUAAUAAUUUUAAAACAAAAUAUUAAAAUAUGUCAAUCAUAGUAAUAAAUAAUAUUUAUUUAAAAAAUAUAAUUUAAAUAAUUAAUCAUAAAAUAAGUUAUAGGAUGAUAUCUAGUUCAGAGAUUAAUUUUGCAUAAAAGUUCCUUUUACAAUUUAAGCAAUCAUUAAGAUAGAAUUUUUGAAAAUUCAAAUCCUAAGGGGUUGAUAAUGGGUGUCAAAGUUAUUAUGAAGAAAAAUUGUAGUAUCAAAUAAAUAAAUAACUGGUAAAACAUAUUUUUGUCAGAUUUAAUUUGUGAGGAAAGUAAUCUUGUUCCAAUCAGAAAGUGACAUGCAUUAUGGAUUUUCAAAAUAAUGGGAGGAAAAUGGACAAAUAAUUACAGCAUGUGACUUUACCAAUUUCAUUUUUAAUUUAUACAGUAUGUUUUCUAUCAGAAAUAUAAC